AUGGAGGAAGCACCAACUGUGGACCCCAAAGCUGAGGAGAUGAUGCCCACGCAAGGCCGAGGCAGUCUGCAGAGGGCUGGGGAGAAGGGGCUUGAUACUAGCCAUGUGGGAGAGACUGGGUUUCAAAAGAGUCAAGUGUGCUGGGAAAGACUUUCUGGGCAAAAGGAACAAGCAAAGGUGUGCAAAGGUAAGGAAGCAGGAAAACCUGUGCACAUCCUGAGAACUUGCCCGUCAGAGGCCUGUGAAGGAGCACAGUGGUCAGGCAGGAGAGGCAGUCGGAUCCAGGCUGAGACCAUCCUGGAGGGUCUUGAGGCUGGCUUACCCCAGGCUGUGAGUAGUGGGCUCAGCCGAGUCCUGGCUCCUGGGUUAGUGCUCACCUGCCCCUCUGCCCACUCAGGGCCUGGAGGAACGGCCUCAGAGCCCCCGCCAACCAGGCUCAGGAAGGCAUUCCUAGCUCAGAGUACCCUCCUGGAGUCUCCACUGGAAGGGGUUCCUGAGUGGGCCGCGCCACACCCGGCGGAGCAGAGGCGCAGUCCUUCCGCCUGCUCCCAGCACACUCCACCCCUGCCCAGCAUACCCAUGGGGCCCCCACCUUGCCCACCUGGAGAGAACCACCCACUCUGCCCCCGCUCAGGGAGAGGUGGUGGCCACUGCUCUAUCCCUCCCUCCCUUCCUUCCUCUUCUACCUUCUCUCUCUUCUCAUCUGGGUGCUGGAACCCAAGCGUGAAAGUGAGAGUCAGAAAGUCUCAGUCUCAACGCAGAGCGGGGCAGCUAAUUUAAAACGGCUUCUACUCCGGCCCCCAGUGUGACUAAUCUCCUUCUCUUCGCUCUACAGGUCUAUAAAUGGGCCACACAGCAGGCACCCCUUUUUAAAUCUGUCAAAUCCCCAAAUCCAUUACAAGUGACUUCAGAGGUCCCAGAUAGGGACCAACAUUUGUUUAAACCUUUGUCCUCAUUACAUUUCAUGACCGCCAGCUUACAAAAGAGAGACUGGGGGGUCUGGAUGAGACACAAGCUCUCCCUUGAGUCCACACUGGAAAGGACAGAGGCAGGUGUCACACCGUUCCUCUUUGACCCGAGCCGCUUGAAUUCCAGAGUUACAACAGCUCAGGUGGGUUGAAGGCUCAGAAUGUACCAGACAUCCGAAGCGCUUUACAUACAUUUGCUCCUUGAAUCUUCACGACAGCCCUGUGAGAUGCAAUUAUCAUGCCAUCCCACAGACGAGGAAACAGGUCCAGGUGACUGCGGUCUCGGCUCCUUUCCUCUGGCUUCCUCAGAGAAGGCGCAGGGGUCUCCGCCAGGUGGGCGAGGCGGGGUGGGCGGCCCCUCGCGCCCUGGAGUCGCAUUCGGCCACCAGGGGGCGCCCCCCGCCCUGCCGCGGCCCGGGGAAGCCAACCUCGGAGGCUCCACGCCCAGCCCGACACGGGACUCCCCCUGCGGCCCCACAGCGAGCCAGGCGGUAUUCCCACCACCCAGCUCGCCUCGGACAGUCCUCUUCCCCACCCCACCGGGGCGCCCUCCGGCCUGCGGGGCUCCCCGCGCCCACCGCACGCACGCCUCCCCCUACUCGGGCCAACCCGGAGCCCGGGGACUGAACCCACUGGCGCCUGCUCACGGGACACGGCCUCGAGGAAACUUCCUGUCUGCCUCCCCGGGGUAAAGCACCGUUUAGUCUGUUUAUAUUUUCAGCACGAAAGUGUAUUAAACGCGUUAGAGAACAAGGGGAGUAGAGGGUAAGGUGCCACGAGGUACCGAGAGGGCCCGCGGGCACACGCGGCUUCCUCAGGCUCUCAGACCGGCCGUGGGCAGGGUGGUCCCCGGCCGCACUGUGGGGCCAUUUGCACCCAGAAGCUGUCAGCCUCCCCACUGCAUCACUGGCACCAUCUGGGACCCAUUAUUCAGCCACUGCAGGGGGCUCAGUAGCCUCUGCUUCCUCCUUCUUCCAAUUCCCAAAACCUUCACCAGAGCACCUCCUGGGGGCCUGGCCCUGAGAUAGGCGUGCAUGUCAGAAAGAAACUGAUGUCAGCAUUCCGGGCACUGUCUUCCCCGGGAAAGGCAGGUACCCACCCCAUCACAGACUCAGGCACCCGAGCAAGCUGGGCACCAGGCCUAUAGGGGUGAACAAGACAAACAGAAGGCAGAUAGACAACCCAGAAAGCAUCCAAACUGUGGCUGCAAUUGGCUGAUCAAUUACAGGUGCAAUAGUGCCAUGAAGGAGAAGUGCAAACAGACAGACAGAAGCCUGCAUGGAAAUGCAGGGGAAGCGGGUGUAUGUGGUGGAUUAACAAAGGUGAAAGAGGCCCGUUCCCUAGGGGAUUGGAGAUCUGGAGCAGAGGUGAACUCUAACUGUGCCUUGAAGGAUAGGGUAAGUUUGUUGACCGGGGCCUUAGAGAAGGUGUUCUGGGCGGAGGGGACUACAGGAGUGAAGACUCAGAGGUGAGAAAGCUGGACCAGUGUUUGCCUGGAGGACACGGUGUAAGUAGUGCCCCCAGUUGCAAGGUGCCUCAGGCAGAGCAUGGUGAAAGGUGGAUUCUAGAGGGAGAGUGUAUCAUGCACAUCUCCUUUAGUAACUAACAGUGGAUGAUGGGGCGUCGCUGACAGACUUUUAACAGCGGCAAGAUAGAACCAGAUUUCAGGGUGUAAAAGGCCACUGGGGCUACAUGUGUACUUGGAAGAGGAAACCUGGCUGGCAAAAGUCCUUAGGAGGGAGGCCUCCUUGUCAUUAUGGUCACUGGGAUACUAGAGUGGGAGACGUCAGGGCCAAGGGCAGGACCAGCAAGCAGCAGGAGCAUCCCAGGCACCCACAGGCUCCUGGCAGCCAGGUUGAGCCAGCGCAGAAUGCGGGGUUAGCAAAAGGCCAUGCUGGAGCCCAUCCCAGCACCAGAACUUGCCUUGUUAUAAAACAAGCAUUGGAAACUGGCUGAGCCUGGGCCCAGCACAAGGGUUCCAGUUGGCCUACAAGAUAUUUACAUGUCUUUAAGUUAGCUCCAAACACUGGGAGAGUUUGACUCGAGUUUUCUCUUGAAAAACCCUGGUGCAGCACUCCAGCCCAAAAACAAUGGAUCGGAGCUGAGUAGAGGGCAGUCCUUCAGAUGGACCCUGUCCUCUCGGGGUAGCUGCGGUUCCCAUAUCAUCUGCCUGGCGCUUGUAGGUAUUUAAAACUUACACACACACACACACACACACACACACACACACACCCUCAAAGAGUCAAGUUAAAACACCAGAAAUCCAGGUGGAUGUUGGAAAAGACAAGCCCAGAAGGCAAGAAAGGCUGUUUGAGAAAUAAUGACCAGGGAAGACUGGCCGUGCUUGAGGAUGGAUGGGCAGAAGAUGUGCGGAACAAGGGUGAUCGCCAGGUGACUGCUUGUGGCCUGCUAGAGAAUCAAGUCCAACACUGAGCUCCUCGUCCUCCCCAAACCUCCUUUCACUGACUUUCCUGUCUUUCCUGUCUCAAUUAAUGGCAUUCCAACCUUAGUUGAUUAGACCAAAAACUUGGAGGCAAUAGAAAAUAAGCUUUAAAAAGACUUUUUAAAAUCUACUUUACUGACAUAUAAUUUAUGAACAAUGAAAAGCAUUAAUUUUAAGCCUACUUACUGUUCAAUGAGUUUUGACAAAUGUAUACAACAAUACAACCACCAUUUUAAUCGAGAUAUAGAACAUUUCCAUGACCACCAGAAAAUUUCUUGAUACCUCUUUCCAGAUAAUACUAUCCCUACCUCCUCACUCCAUCCUCCUUCCUUGUGCAAGCAACCAAUGAUAAGCCUUAUUUCACUAUAGAUUAACUUAACCUGUUCUAGAAUCUCAUAUAAUCGGGGUCAUAUAAUACAUUCUGUAUCUGGUUUCUCUUGUUUUGCAUGUUUUUGAGAUUCAUUUGUGUGGCUAUGUGUACAAGUAGUUCAAAUCCUUUUCAUUGCCGGGCAGUAUUUCAUUGGAUAAAUAGAUCAUCAUUUGUUUUUCUGUUCAUUUAUUUUUUGGCAUUUAGGCAAAAUAUGUUUUUCUGUUCAUUUGUUUUUUGGCAUUUUAGUUGUUUAUAAUGUUUUUACUAUUAUGAAUAAAACUACUUAAAAAUUAAGCAGUACACAUUUGUGCACAAGUCUUUCUGUGGACCUAUGUUUUCUUUUCUCUUGGGGAAAUACUUAGAAGCAAAACUUGCCGGAUCACAGGUUAUGUGUACAUUUAACUUUAUAAGAAACUGCCUAUUUCCAAAGUCAUGCCGUUUAAUGCUUCCCACUGGUGUGGGAGAAGUCAGUUGCUCUGUAUCAUUUUGAAAACUUGGCAUCAUCAGUACUUUUUAAUCAAUCAUCUUGAGGUUUAAUUUACAUGCAAUAGUAUCCAUAUAUUUUUAUUUUUAUAUUUAUUUAUUUAUUUAUUUAUUUUUUUGAGACAGAGUCUCGCUCU